AAUGUCUAAUAUAAAAAUUGUAUAUCAAAGAAAAGUUCAUAAAUUACCUCCAAAGAUUACAAGUCAUUAGGAAAUCAUAGAAACUAUAAAGUCCAUUUACCCUCAAAUCAAAGAAGUCCAUUUAUAUACUAUUAUCAAUCCUAGUAGAAAUUUAAAAUUAUUCUUAGCUGAACCAGAUGGAAUUGAGGAAAUCAAUUGUGAUUUAAAUUUAACAUUACUUAAAAAGUUGUAUAAAUAAAUGGGAUGGCCAACAAUCAAAUUACUUGUUGUAGAGAAUUUAAAUGAUGAAAAUCAAUUAAGAAAUUCCAUGGAUUUAUUAAAUCAAAGUUAAAUUAUGUUGGAUAAAUCUAAUUAUCAAGAUUAAUCCAAUAUUAAUAAGUAAAUAAUUGAUCUAAAUAUUAGAGUACAAUAAAAAUAAGUAAUUGAUUAUAGAAAAGAUGAAAAAUUAAAAUAAAUUAUCAUCUAAACUAUUGAUGAACGAUUAAUGUACCAUAAUCUUUUGAAUCCAAAAAAAUAAGACACAGAUAUGAUAGAAAAGGUUAAACAAUUAUCAUAAAUUUUUACCUAAUAUUCUUAUGAUUGGUUAUUUGAAUUUGUUAAACAAUAAGGUGCUAAUUAAUCUUAUGAACAAUUAAUAUCGUUGCUGACUGAGAAUUAUUGA